ACAUUCCGUUACACGCGCCUCCCUUCCAUGGACCCGCACUCCGCUCCGCAACCCGAAUCAGACCCCGAUGACUCUCCCGCUCCCGGCUCCGCCGCCAUUCCGCCGCGGCGUCAACAUUCCGCCGCUGUGCCUGUUCCCAUCACCGGCAUUCGCCGCCGCACCUCCGGCGACCAAAUGCCAGUUGGGGGCUACAGGCCCCGGUAUUUGCCGCUCGUCGGCUCGCCAAUUUCGUCUUCGACUUCUUCGAGCCUCAUCGGCGACCGAGAGUUCUCCGAGGACUCUUCCGGCCCCCGCGACUUCCCCGUAGGGUUUGACUCUCCGCUCGAGCCGCCUCCGGCGACUUCGCCGGAGGUGAAUGUGAUAAACCUCUCUGGAGGCGCUGAGAAGAGGGAAGAGCCUACCAAAGGACUGUCUCAUCUGACAUCAAUUUUAAAGCCACUUGAAGCCAAAACUACGGAGACUGAGAGACGAGCCUUGCAGGAGGCAGAAAGAGCUGCAAAAGCUGCUUCUAAAGAGAAGAGGGAAGAGGCUACCAAAGAAGCACUGUCUGAUCUGCCAUCAAUUUCAAAGCCACUUGAAGCCGAAACUACAGAGACUGAGAGACGAGCCUUGCAGGAGGCAGAAACAGCUGCAAAAGCUGCUUCUAAAGAGAAGAGGGAAGAGGCUACCAAAGAAGCACUGUCUGAUCUGCCAUCAAUUUCAAAGCCACUUGAAGCCGAAACUACCGAGACUGAGAGACGAGCCUUGCAGGAGGCAGAAACAGCUGCAAAAGCUGCUUCUAAAGCUGAUGGAACCACAGCAGUUGCUGAAUCUGGGGGAGCAGCCUCCAGUAAAAGUACGAGGCAUUCUUCACAAAAGAAAGAUGGUCUUCUUUCUAUGUCGUUAGUAGCUACCAACAAGAAAUCAGGAGAUCGUCCUUUGGAGAAAAAGAAAAAACAUGCUCCUCUUCCACAAAUGCAAUUCGAUGAUGAAAACAGAGUGGAAAAGGCAAGAAGGCGUGCAGUAUUUGAUCAAACUGAAGCUAGACAUAGAGUUGAAUUAUUUCUCCAUUUGCCUCAAUAUGAACAUGGGACUCGGCUUGCUAAACUUGAAUCGAUGUUUUUCCAACUUGAUUCACUGCAUCCUGCUGUGUGGAAGGUUGGAUUGCGUUAUUUGUCAGGAGAUAUAUCAGGGAGUAAUGCCCGAUGCAUUGAAAUGCUCUUAGCAUUUCAGGAAGCCAUUAAAGACUACUCCACACCGCCUGCUAAAGUCCUUGUUAAGGAUUUAACUGCAAAAAUCAAUAGUUAUGUUUCAUUUUUUGCUGAAUGCAGACCUCUUUCUAUUAGCAUGGGAAAUGCUAUUAGGUUUGUAAAGAGUUGUAUUGCAAAUUUGCAUUCAAGUCGUACUGAAUCUGAAGCAAAAGAAACUCUUAGUUCACAUAUUAAUCAAUUCAUUAAUGAAAGAAUAAUUCUUGCUGAUAAGGUGAUUGUUGGACAUGCUGCUACAAAGGUUAGCGAUGGAGAUGUUCUUCUUACAUAUGGAUCAUCAUGUGUUGUUGAGAUGAUUCUUUUACAUGCCCAUGAAAUUGGGAAACAGUUUCGUGUAGUGGUGGUAGACUUGCGACCAAAGUUUGAAAGCCAGGCUUUACUUCGUAGGCUGGUGGCUAAGGGCCUGAGUUGUACAUAUACUCAUGUAAAUGCUGUUUCUUAUGUCAUGCAUGAGGUCACACGAAUUUUUCUGGGAGCUUCUUCCAUUAUGUUUAAUGGAACUGUAAAUUCAAGGGUGGGCACUGCGUGUGUUGCAAUGGUGGCUCAUGCAUAUGGUGUUCCGGUAUUGAUCUGUUGUGAAGCUUACAAGUUUCAUAAAAGGGUGCAGCUUGAUUCAAUAUGUUCAAAUGAACUAGGUGACCCAGGUGCUGUUGCCGUCGUUCCUGGAAGAAUGGAUAUCAAUUAUCUGGACAAUUGGACUAGUCAAGAAAACUUGCAGCUUCUGAAUUUGUAUUAUGAUGCUACUCCUUCAGAUUACGUAUCGGCCAUUGUGACUGAUCAUGGAAUUAUCCCUCCUACAAGUGUGCCCGUAAUUUUGCGCGUUGCAAAGAAAAGUCAGCAAGUGGCUUUAACUGCUCACAACCGAUUUUGAUAAAUGGAAUUUACUAUAUAGUUGAAGUUUAGUUCCCAGAGUGAAAAUUUUGUAGCUUUAUCCCUCAACAAUUAUAGAGAUGCAUAUUCUUUCUGUAGUUCCAUUUUGUUUUGUAUACUCACUAGGAUUCUGUAACGCUGUGUGGGAUAGGAGUGAAAAAUAGGAUGAAAGAUGUAUAGGAGAAAUAAUAGAAAUAUAAGUGAAUUUGAAUGGAAAUUUGUGGUGUUUGGAUCGAUGGAAUUGAGGAAAGUAUGGAAUAACUGUGUUUGGAUACAGCAUUUGAUAGUAAUGUAAAUUUUUUAGGAUACUUCAAUUGUUACUCAAUAAAAUGCUCUGUUUGGA